AUGGCUUCCGAACACACGGUCACACAGGCACUGUUGGAGUGGAUCAACAGUUUCGCCCUUGGGAAAACUAUUCGAACGACCGAUGAAUUGACGGAUGGGGCUAUAAUUUGGGAGAUCUUACAGGACAUCGAUCCCCAAUAUUUUCUCGAUGAACUCCCGCAGCGCGACCCGUCAGACCACUGGUUGACCAAACUCCAGAAUUUGAAACACAUCCUCAAAACACUGGUCAAUUAUAUUCGCCAACAACCCGAUGGGAUCCCCUCUGGAUUGGAUCCAGCCCCAAAUGUGGAAGUAGUCGCUGAAAAGAACUCGAUCAAGGAGACCAAUAAGCUCCUGAAGCUCAUAUUGAUCGCCGCUAUCCGUUCGCCCAACGCGCCGUCGUACGUGGAGACUCUGCAAACACUGAGCACUCCAACUCAAGAAUGCCUGAAAGAUAUCUUUGAGGAAGCCGAGAAUGGCCAGCACGAACCCCUUGAUCCCGUGGAUGAGAUUAAGGAGGAUAUAUCCAAACGGGAGCAUCCUGUCGAUCUGGAACUGCAAUUCGAGGAACGAGUGGGGAAAGUACUGGCGGAGAAUGAUCGAUUAACUCAUGAAAAGAAGGAGCUGGAGAAGGCAUUGGAGGACCUACAUAACCGUCUGGCACGUCUCCAAGAAAAUAACGAUACCCUGCAGAGCCGUCUUGCGACCACAGAGGAUCGGCUAGGAAACCUAAAGUCCGGGAAAGGCGACUUCGGCAUCAACACGAAAGCCCUAGAGACUAAGUCCCGCCAGCAGGAAGACAUCAUCGCAUCUCAGGAGGCUCGUCUCGCUGCGACCCAAGAUGAAGUUGAUAGCCUGCGAAUGACGGUAGAAUCCUUACGUGUGAAAAACGAACGGUUCCAGAGGUUGCAGGACGACUAUGAUGAGCUGAAAACAGAAAGAGACCAGCUUGCUCGCAAAGCUAAUGCAGCAGAGAAAUAUCGUUCAAAACUACAAGCCAGCCAGGAUUUUGAGAAGGAAAACCAGAUGCUCAAGAACCAAAUUAAAGACCUCCAGCAGCAGCUAAAAGAAUCGGAUUCACAGCAGAGGUGGACAUCAGAGCGCGAUGUAGAACUUGAGGAAUAUAGGCGGGUUCUACCACGCAUUGAGCAGGAAUGCAGCGAGAUGCAGAGUCUGAAAAAGCAGCUUGAAUUCAACAACCAUGCUCUGACGGAGCGACUUAGCAGUGCUGAAGAACAACGUGAAAGAGAUGAUGCUCUGAUAAGCGAGCUACGGGAGCGAAUCCGGGAACUUGAAGGCUCUCCUGGUAGUCCAGCUCUCACCCCAGGCAGUGAGACGCCGAAGAUGCAGGGUACUCUACAAAAGGACUUUGAGGACAUUGGUGUUAAGGAGUCCCAAUUGAAAUCUGAAAACGAUGAGCUUAAGAAAGAGAUCGACCUAUUGAAAGGCUCGUCAACAACUGCCAGUUCCCAGCAUGAAAGAUUCUCUGAUGCUUUUAUCGAGACUCUGCAGAGUGCACGAGAGAACUCUACUCAGGGGUAUGGCGACCCUGAUCCCCCAGCUACUAGCGCUAACAUGUUUUCCAGUGACGAGUAUUGGAAGCUAUAUGAUCAGUACACCUCGGUGCUCAAGAAACUUGCAGAAGUACAGGAUUCUUUUGACAAGACCGGCAGAGCGCUUGCCGAUGCGCGAGCAGCCAUUCUACUUGCAAACAAGGAGAAGCUUGACAUGAUUAACGAGAUUAAAGAGAACAAUUCGGCGGAGUUAGCCAAGCUGCGGGGCGAAUCGGAGGGAGACAAUCAAAAGAUACAUACUCUCCAAGUUGAACUUGACGCCAGCCUGACAUUGGUUAGGGAAACAUGUGCUGAACGAGAUGAGCUGCGGACAAUGCUUGAUAACAGACAGGCCACGAUUGCUGAGAGUCGCGUGGAGGAUCAGGAGACAAUGGAGGAAAUGAAAAAGCUGCUAGCAGAGAUCGCGGCACAAGACAGUGGUGAUGCCUCUGAGGCUUCCCAAAAGUCGGGCGUGGAACUCACAAAACAAGUGGUUGAGCUGAUUGAGCGGAACCUAGAGAGGCUGGCACAACGCGCUGAGUACAUUCAUGACCAAAACGAACACAUUAAGUUCCUCCAGGAGCGACUUAAACACUUUGAAGAAGACGCGGGUGACAGCAUACCAAAGGAGCGUGAGAUCGAACUUCAGAAAAUCAUUGAUGCUCAGACGCGAGAGCUCGCCCUUAUGAGCUCCGCCUGGUAUGAAAUGCAGAGUCGUCUACAGAACAAUAAUGUUCCUGUAUCGAGGUAUCGUCACGGAUCGAAUCUAGCCGAUGCUCAGAAGGGGUGGUUAGCGAGACAACGGAGCUUAGUCGCUGGUCGAUAG